AUGCUUGGCGCUAGCCGCCGAAUUAACGGGGUGGGGUCAGCAGGGGCCGAGGCCGACCCCGAACUUUUACCAAUCGUGACUACAACAGCAAUACUACUUUUCAGUUCUAAAAUUGCUACGCAACCCCAUUUCCCUUGGAUAUCGUACUGUUUUCGUGUCAUUUACCAUUUCCUCUUCAAAUUAGGUACCCGUAUAACUGCCCUCAUGGAAUCGCCAAACCUGGCUCGAAGAGACCGAUCCCAUGCCUGCGGCCCAUGUUAUCGGCGCAAGGUAGCAUGCGACCGUGCUGGUCCAGUCUGUGGGAGCUGUAGUAGAAGAAGAAAGCCAAGAGAUACCUGCGAGUAUGAUUCGGUGGCUCGCCUUUCCUCAACAUCCAGACUUCGGCGCCGUGAAAAGUCGGCACCGAGUCUCAACUCGGAUUCUUCAACAAGCAUCGAACCCCGGCCGUGCCGCUCCUUCCAUCUUCCAGACAGCUUAUUACGACAGUAUGAUAGUCAUUCUGAUCCAAUCGAUUCUAGCGACACGCCCUCGUGCGGCUAUCUCGGUUUCACUUCUUUUCUCGCCAUAUAUGAGGAAACUUGCGAUGCUCUUUCUCCCCACCAGCCUCAGCUUGACUUCGGCUCAUCUAAGCGCGAUCAGCCUGUGAAAGAUAGUGAACCUAAGACACCCAACCUCUCAGAUGCAUCACUGCAAGCGGGUCUCGAUGUGCUUCAGUGUAUUCCACGGCGGCAAGAGGCAGUGGCCCUCCUAGACUACCAUUUCAAUGCCUACGAUGCUUGGAUCCAUCCUCUCGCGCGACUCAUGCUCGAUUCUUUGUACGACACAUUCGGCCACAUCUUCGAACCACCUGAGUGUAGUAAAGAUCUCUUGACAGGUUUGGCAUUGGUAUUGGGUAAAAACACUUCCAAAGUCUUCUGCGAAGAUGAACCAGAUAGCCGACGCUGGAUCAGUCAGUUUGUGGGUGCAAACAUUCGCUGGGAAACUCUGGGGGUACUUUUCACCUACUGGGAGUUUGGUGCGCGCAGUAUCAAUACGCGGAGUGGCACUAGCGACAUCCAGAAAACAAGUUUGAAACCUGCUGCAGUUUUCAGGAAGUCGAUCGAGAGCUGUUUAUCUCUUGCUAGGGCAGGAACGAAGACGGGUAACACUAUGCUGGUGUAUAUCUACUAUAAACGAGGGAUCAUUGACUCUGUCAUUUCUGGUGAUGCCAGUCUGUCAUACUGGCAGAAUCAUGCCGAAACAGUUGCAAUUCUGUCAUUUCUUGGGCUACACAUUGCUACCUUGAGCCCGGAACAACCUUACAAACCAACCCUCUCAUCUGAAAUACGGAGGAGAAUCUUCUGCCAUGUAUUUAUCUCCGACAAGGGAGCAUCUUCUUUUACUGGACGACCGCCUCUCUUAUCUGGAAAAUACACGUCAACACCUCUACCACUCGACUUGCGGGGCGAAUAUCUCCUUUCGGAUGAGGCCAUGCUUGCAAGAGAAGUUGCAACGCUCGAUGAGCAAGGCUGGAGCAAAAGCAACAACGUCAAUUCUAUAAGCAGUCUUCGAGCUCGUUUCUGCUUCUCAGUCAUUUGUGACGAGAUAUUUGAGAUUGCUCUGGCUGUUAGAAAGGUUACGCCACAGCAAACCAUACUUGAUUUAAAGACACGUCAAAUCGAAAUACAUAGUAGACUCCCACUCCGAUUACAUUUCGAUCUUGAAGACAUCAGAGACCCAACAUACAUUCCGAGACCCUGUACAUAA